AUGGCGGCCGUCGAUGGGGCGAUCGGGACCAGCCAGAAACAACUCGACCUUGACGUGAAGACGGCCUUGGAAGUUACGGUAGUUGAAGCGACGCCCGUGACGGUCGAUGAAGCGGAAACGGACACCUCGUUCCUCAACAGCCUCAUCCAGCGCAUCAUGAGUGCCGGGUUGAAGCAGGAGCCCGAAGCCUACAUACCGAACCCGAUCCCCGGCCUUGCCUUCGCCCAGCUGAAGGCCCCUACCGAAGGCCCGGUGCACAUUUUCGGUGAUCUGCACGGCCAGCUGCGCGACCUGCGCAUGAUGAUCAACCACAUCGGGAUGCCGGGGGCGGACGGCACCGGGGUGCACUAUAUGUUCUUGGGUGAUUACGUCGAUCGCGGGUUGCAGGGCGCCGAGACGUUCCUACUGCUGGCGGCGAUGCGAUGUCGCUACCCGAAAUCGGUUUUUCUGUUACGCGGCAACCACGAGGACCUCAACACGGCCAUCACGUACGGGCUGUACGACGAGGUGAUGGAGCGCUACGGCGAGCAGCACGGCGAGUACGUGUGGCUGCACCUGAUCUCGAUGUUCAACUGGAUGCCCAUCGCCGCCCUGAUAGGCACCAAGGUGUUGGCCAUGCACGGAGGGCUGUCCCCAAAUCUCGCCAGCCUCGAACAGAUCAAUCAGAUUGCCCGCCCCACCCUUAUCCCACCGUACGGACUGAUGUGCGAUCUCGUCUGGGCCGACCCGGAUGCGCUGGCUGACCCGCGGGCCUCGUGGGCCAUGUCCUCGCGCGGCAUCUCGUUCUCAUUCGACGAGCGCGCGGUCAUCUCCUUCUGCCACCGGACCAAGGUCGACCUGAUCGUCCGCGCCCACCAGAUCAACACCGAGAUGCUGCAGCACGGCCACAAGUGGUUCGGCCAGACGGGCCGCCUCGUCACCCUCUUCUCGGCGCCCAACUACCUCAACAUGGCCAACUCGGGCGGCGUGCUCGUCGUCGACGCGAAUGACCACGGG